AGAUCUGGCGUGUGGCAGAAGAGUGACAGUCAUUUCUGGUAUUUUUUAGCACAUUCUAUCCCAAUCUCCUCACACACAUAACAAAAGGCAGGAGAAAAAUUGUAAAUUCUUACGAAUUUCCCGGACAUUUUUCUGUCAUUUCCCGAGCAAUAAACCAAAAGUUGCGCUGCAGAAUAGCAAGUGAGGUCCAUUGGAUCAGUUGAAAGGAUACCCCCAGGACAUCGCCAUGGUGACCCCGCAAUCGCCGACGCCCAUGUUCAAUGGAUUGGACGACGAUCUCUACAGUGACGCCAAGUAUGCCCAUGAAAUCAACGACAAGAUGCGGGUUCCCAAGAGAAUUAAGGCCACUGGGGAGUACUCCAAUGAGGAUCUGCUGCUGUCCAACCAGAACGGCAUGAUCAGCUCCUGGAACUAUCACGACAAAAUUGACAUGAAUGUACCCGAUCGAAUCGUGGUCCUGGGUCACAAUCAGCACCUGGAGACGCGCUCUGCUCCGCGGGAAAUCCAGCUGGAGAACUCCAUUCUGCCCAAGAAUCCAUCGGUUGGAUUGGUGCGCGUCCAGACGCCACCGCGCAUCAUCACCCUCACCGACCACCACUUCCCCUCGGCCUCCGAGGAGAGCUCUCCCAUUCGGGCAAAUGGUCAUCAUCUGUAUGGUAAUGAUCUCGACGAGGACGCCGACGACGAGGAGGCCCAUGCCACCCAAUAUGUGCGUGCCAAUGGAGUUGCCCGUAUGGGAUUCCACGCAAAUGACACCAAUUCAGUUGAAUCGGACUCGCAGCUGACCACGGGCAGUGCCAGCAAGCGCUCGCAGUUGAAUCAGCAGCAGCACAACAAUCUGGAUGCCUCGAUGCUGGCGCACCGAGAGGGCACGCCCAUGGGCGAGCUGACGCCCCACGAGGAGAUCCUGUAUCUGAGACGCCAGCUGGCCAAGCUGAAUCGCCGGGUGCUGAACAUCGAGAUCAACAAUGAGCAGCGCACGCAGCGGGAGAAAAUCGUCUACUGUCUGGGCCUGGCCUACUUCGUACUCAAGACAAUAUUCUGGCUGAAUCGCAAUUAGAUAGGGACUACUGGCCACAAUGACGGUUGGAGAUCUGCGGUGGGUGGUGCCAGGAUAACCACCAUGCUAUGGACACCCUUUUGGAACAGCUUCUUUCGUUUCUUGACUUCUGUGUUGUUUCUUUUGUGGAAAGGCUCUGAGAGAGACUUUGUUUUUUGUUUGCCAUAACUUCGUAGUCUAAGCUCGAUAAUAAAUAAGCGCAACACCGUUCUGUUUUGUACACCGUGGAAAACCAAAAA